AUUUAGCAACAGUUAUAGAAAACACGUCGUUGCGUUUUAAUGCAAAUAUGGUGUUCGUAUUGAAAAAUAAAAUUGUUAUUAUAACCGGGGGGGCGUCCGGAAUUGGUUUAGCCAUAUGUAAAGUAAUGUUAAGGAAAGGUGUUCAGGGCGUUUGUUUGGCAGAUAUUAAUAUCGAACUUGGCGAAGAGGUUACACAAAAUUUAAACAUGGAAUUCGGCGAAGGAAAAGUUAUUUUCGUUAAAACUGAUGUCGUGGAUACAGACAGUUUCGAAAACGUUUUCAAAGUUACUCUCUCGAAUUUUGGCAACAUUGACAUAUUAAUAAAUAAUGCCGGUAUAUUGAACGACAAAAAUUGGUCUUUGGAAGUUGAUAUCAAUCUGAAAGGAAUGUUGAACGGCAUGAUCUUGGGUUUGGAUAAAUACUUAAGAUUGUGUAAACAAGAUGAAGAAGCUGUAAUAUUAAACACGUCUUCUAUUUUUGGUACCAUGUGCGUUCCUUUCGUCCCCGUGUACGCGUCUACUAAACACGCGGUGAUGGGAUUGACGCGUUGUUGGGGUCACCCUGUACAUUAUAACAGAUCCAAAGUAAGGGUAGUCGCCGUUUGUCCUGGACUUACAGAAACGCGAAUUUUAUCUAAGGGAUCGCAAGAUAUAUCAUUGGAUUUAGGUCUUGAUGAAGAAUAUGAAGUCGGUGAUGGUUUUAAGAAACUUAAAAUACAAAGUGCUGAAUUUGUUGGUGAAGAAGCUGUUAAAGUUGUAGAAAAAGCGCCUAAUGGUACGUUUUGGGUAAUAGAAAACUCCGAACCGACUUACCAAUAUUUUUUUUCCGAAAAAAACGAUUUUAAAAACUUCACUUUGGAAUGAUACUUUUUUGCUAAUGAUUUAUAACAGUUGAUAGUAUCAUGUUCCAAACUGCAUUAAUUGCUCAAAGUUGUAUUUUCUUGUCAUUUGGUUCAUUACAGUACUUAGUAUCUAAUUAAAAAAAAUUUUAAUCUGAAAAACUGCAUUAAUUACCUGAAAUUGUGUUUUUUUGUUAUUUGUUCCAUUACAGUCCAUAGUAUCAUCCUCCAAACAAACUUUCUAGUAAAAAAUGACCUCUUAUUGCCAAUUGGUUUAUUACAGUCGAUAGUAUUAUGUUUCAAACCGCAUUAAGUACUCGAACGUGUGUUUUUUUGUUAUUUGGUUUAUUAUAAUCCAUAGUAUCAUGUCCAAACAAAGUUUUUAGUUAAAAAUUAUCUUUUAUUAAGAUCUGGUUUAUUACAGUCGAUAAUAUUAUGUUCCAAACUCCAUUAAUUACCCAAACGUGUGUUUUUUUUGUUAUUUGGUUCAUUAUAAUCCAUAGUAUUAUGUCCAAACAAAGUUUUCAGUUGAAAAUAAUCUUUUAUUACGAUCUGGUUUAUUACAGUCGAUAAUAUUAUGUUCCAAAUUGCAUUAAUUACCUGAACGUGUGUUUUUUUGUUAUUUGGUUCAUUAUAAUCUAUAGUACUCGUAUCAUGACCAAACAAAGUUUUCGGUUAAAAAUUUUCUUUUAUUACGAAUUGGUUUAUUACAGUCGAUAGUAUUAUGUUCCAAACUACAUUAAUUACCGGAAAUUGUGUUUUUUUGUUAUUUGGUCCAUUACAGUCCAUAGUAUCAUCCUCCAAACAAAGUUUUUAAUCAAAAAUUCCCUUUUAUUCUUAAUGGUUCAUUACAGUUAAUAAUAUCAUGUUCCAAACUGCAUUAACUGCUCAAAGUUGUAUUUUCUUGUCAUUUGGUUCAUUACAGUACAUAGUAUCCUGUCCAAAAAAAAAUUAUUAUCAGAAAUUACCUUUUAUUGCUGAUUGAAUUAUUAUUAUGUUCUUAACUGCGUUAAGUACCCGAAAUUGUGUUUUUUUGUUAUUUGGUUCAUCCUAGUCCAUGGUAUCAUGCUCCAAACAAAGUUUUCAGUUGAAAAUUAUCUUUUAUUACGAAUUGGUUUAUUAAAAUCAAUAGUAUUAUGUUCCAAACCGCAUUAAUUUUUCUUGCGAUGUCAAUAUCAUUGUCAAUUUCGUAUGUAGUAUACAAAAUCAAAUAAAUCUCUAUUAACUUUUAUGGAAUUAAGUUUUCUAAAACAAACAUGGAUGAAGCCUUGACUUUGAACUUUCUUUGUACGUCUUGUCUGCGGUUGAUCCAUUCUACUUUCUGUAAUAAUUUCUCUUCCGGCGAGCUUGAACGUUUCGUUAUAAUCGUGUAGGUGGGCAGUACCACAUACCAAUCCGCCAAAACGAGUAUCGAUACAGGGUGGACUUCAAUUUUAUGAAAUAUUUUUUAUUUAAAGAUCGAGAUUUCUAUUUUUGAAAACAUACAUACAUAAAAAUCAUACACACUUGCACGUCGUUGUUACCAAAACCAAAAUUUCAAUACACAAAGGUACUCGCGAGAGUGUGGAUUGCACUUAGUUCUUUAGAGGACUUCGACGAAACGUUUAAAGAAGUAACGAAUGAAAAAUCCCAGAACACAAUCAAAUAUUCAUCCAGAACUAUAUUAAACGUAUUCUAGUCCCAAAAAUUCCUAGUUUGAGGCCAAAGUACACUUAAAAGUGCGAUUGGAAGUUGUAAAAACGAAUUUCGAAUAAAAUUUAUUGUACUACGAAGAAAAAGCUUCCACGUGUAGUUCUAGAGUUCAUCAUUAUCAAAUUGUUUCGAAAAAUGUCUCAAUUUGAUUUACGCGCUGUUAGAAAAUGUUUAUACCGGGGGUUUAAAAGAAAAAAACUUAUAGUACAGACAAACAUUUUCAAAACGAGUGUUCUAAGGAACGUACGUGAAUAUUUAAACAUGAAAAACGUCGAGUAGAAAGUUAUUUCUAUGUUAAGAUAUGACCUCAUUGAAGGCAAAGACAUUGAGAAAUUUGUUAAGGAAAAACCUUAAGAUCCGAAGUACUUACUCAUACUUUGAUGGUUGCCAUCGCUAAAUUUCCGUAAUUGCUUUUAUUUUCUCAACUACCAAAGCUAUUCAUAUCACCCCUAAUCUUUAAGUUUCACUUGCAGAAGGGAGUUUUUCAUCAGACAAAGAAAUAGAUUUAUUUUCGAUAGUAUCAUGUUCCAAACUGCAUUAAUUACCGGAAAUUGUGUUUUUUUGUUAUUUGGUUCAUUAUAGUCCAUAGUAUGAUCCUCCAAAUAAACUUUUUAGUCAAAAAUGAUCUUUUAUUACGAAUUGGUUCAUUACAGUCGAUAAUAUUAUUUUUCAAACCGCAUUAAGUACCGGAAACUGUUUUUUUUGUCAUUUGGAUCAUUACAGUACAUAGUACCUUGUUCCAAAAAAAAUUUUUUAAUUAGAAAUUCCCUUUUAUUGUCGUUUGGAUUAUUAUUAUGUUCCAAACUGCAUUAACUGCUCAAAGUUGUAUUUUAUUGCCACUUGGUUCAUUACAAUACAUAGUAACAUGGUUCAAACAAAAUUUUAAGUCGAAAUUCAUCUUUCAUUGUCAAUUGGUUAAUUACAAUCAUACAAAAUUGUGUUUUAUUCUCAUUUGGUCCAUUACAAUCUAUAGUAUCAUCUUAUAAACACGUAAUUUUAUGAAGUAUUAAUGUUGUCAUGACUAACAGUGAAAUACCCUCGACAAAUCAAAUAUACCGAGUCAUAAAAUGGACGUGGUGACACGCGUGAACGUUUUUUUUUUCGAUUUAUUUCACACUUUGUUGAUAAAUUUUUAACCUAAAUUUCGAAUCCGUCGGAAUUCUAAAUUGAAAUAACAACAAAUAUAAAAAAUUAUUUCUAUGGUAUCUUUCAAACGUCAUAUGCGAAUCACGUGACUAACUAAAAAAAACGUAUCUUUUGCCAAAAAUCAUCUUCAUUUUUUAUAACUAAUAGAAACGUCAAGAAAUUUGACACAUAGUCUUUUGAAAGUUGGUACUUCAUAUGGAUUUGACAUAGACAGCGUCAUCUGUCAAUCAUACGAUUUAUUAUAUAUACUAUAAUCGUCAAUUCUAUUUAAAAGUCUCUACCUUAAAUAUCGAAACUUCGCUACAUUCGUUAAAUACAAACAUAACCUCAAUUAACUAAUAAUUGAUUCUUUUUUUAUAUUUUUAUUUUGAUACAUCAGCUUCAAACUGAUAUACGAUGUAUAAGAGAAACCUUGAAAUGUGGUUACCGAUGACUUAAAUUAAUUACACUUCUCAGAAAUUAUAUAGUAGCAGUUUUGUUAAAUGAAAUCUGAUACGAUCUCGUUGAUUACCAUAUUUCAUCAAUUUUAUAAAUAAUGAAUUUAUUGUUUGCUAAAUAUAUGAACUAAACGUUACAAAAAAUAAUAACAAACACAGUUUUAUAAACUCAAUCAUUUACGUGUACAAGGUUCGUCCAUAAGUAUUAUACAACUUACAUCCAAUUUACCAUAAUUCUGUUGGUUUUGAAAACCUCUGGGUCUUAAGGUUAGUUCAUAUCACCUCCAGAGGACUAUAUCCUGAAUAUAACGUGGAGCUUAAGCUUAACUUUAUUUAAACGAAAUAACCAACUGCCCUACAUAAAACAAACCUUGUACAUUCUUAGAACUAUAAACUUCACCCGGGGAUAUGGGCGGAAGAUCCCAAAGAGUGCACAACCGAAAAAAAAAAUAAUUUUUGGAAAUAAGACUAAAUACCAAUGAUUUAACAUCACGUACUAUAUGGAGUUUAAGAUUCUGGGCCUGGAAUUUGAAAAGUGGUAAAGGGGUAGGAGCGUAAGCAAUCAUCGAGAUUAGAGAUGCGGAAAUGCUAAAAACGCCCGAUAUUUACGUAGAGUUGUUAAUUUAGUUUAAAAAAAUGUAGAUCGUGAUUUUGGAAGACUUAUUUGUUUACAAAAAUAAAAUUUCCGUCCUCAAAGUGGUUUCUCAAGAUUUUUUCUCCCAGAGAGUCCAAUUUGGGAAACAAUACUCUAAAUUUUGUAACUUCAUUUUCAAUCCAAACAGCAGUAGAAAAUUCUAAAUAUUAUUAUACAAUAAAACCAUAGAUAAAUGCAAGGUCGAUGUCAAGGUGAUUAGAUAAAGUUUUUCUAUCAAUUUUUUAUGAAAACAAAGACUAAUUACGUUUUUUUCGUAUUAUGUAAAACCAUGUAAUUAAACAAAAAUGAUUAAUAGAUACUGUAUUUUUCCUCAAUUCCAACCCAGUAGAUUCACAAACAUUUACGUAUUUGAAAUGCAUCCUAUGAAGGUACUAAUUUGUAUUCAACCGAGAAUCGAAAAUUAAUCUACAGUUAGAAAUCGAAUUCGUGUCAAUGAACUUUUAAUUUCAUCAAUCUACGUAGAUAAAACAAAAUCAAAAUUUGUUCUUCAUUAAAAUGUUUUGCCAAAUACACUCAAAUUAGUAAAUAACCGAAGGGAUGGGCGUAGUUAGAUCAUUAAGUAAAAUGUCUUGUAACAAAUAAGAAAAAAGCACUGAACCAUGGAUAUAAACAAAGUGUAGUUUGUUGUUUUCCUAGGCGUGGAUCAAACUGUUUCUUAACAAAUAGAUAUUGAAACCAGUCUAGACAUAUGGCAUAAAAUUUUGAAACUGUGCAAGCUCUAUGACCCAGAAAAAUUAAUCACAUUAAAAAAAUUAUAGGUUAAAUUAAGGACGAUCUAAAAGAUUGUUCUGAGGUAAUUUUUUUGUAAAAUCAAAAGAAAAAAAGUUAUAGAGCCAAAAAGGAAAUGUUCGACUAAAUUUUUACACUUUUUAUAUCAUAACUUUUUAAAUUUACACUUUUUAUAUCAUAACUUUUUAAAUUUACGACAAAAAUUCAUAUGAACAUAAUUGUAGGCAAUGCGAUUUGCCACAAAUUCUGAUUUCACAAAAUUUUCAUACGAUGAAUAGUUCGCGAGAUGUAGGGUGUUUGCACCCCACGAGAUCCUUGCUUUUUACGUACAUUAGUUCGAUCUAUUUCUAUUUCCACUUCAAAUAUUUCUGGCAUGAAGGAAGCGCCGUUCCACAUCGAUGAAUCAAUUGUAACUAGACGAACAUGUCGUUCAGUUAAUUUCGUAAUUAAAUAAACCAGCGGAACCAUUUUAAUAGCAGAGCAAUGACAUCGGAAAUUUCGUAAUUUUUUUCAAUUAAAAAAUGUUUAAUGCUCAAAAAAUCUGAUGAACUGUUCAAUUAAUAUCGUAUCGUAUCCUGUAUCGUAAAACAUCGACCAAGUAAAUAUUUCUUUAGGUCGAAAGACAACACAUAACCAAAUCAGGCGUAUAUGAUGGAUGUUUGAAUCAAUUUGAAUAAAUAGCUUCAUCAUUUACCAUUAACACCUGGAUACUAGGAUAAUUUCGAGUCCUUCAGAGUCCUUAUAUUCGAGUUAAACUAUAAUACAAUGAGUCCACAACGAAUUGUAUGGAGGAUUUGAGGCGUAGCGCCGGUUAAAGAGGGUUACUGGUUGCUGUCUCAAUUUUUGUGAUGAAUGAAUCAAAAUUAGCUGAAAACCACACAUGUAACGGUGGUAUUUAUCCGGGGGACGCGUCUGAAGUGGCUGGGAUACGUGGAGAACAUAUCUUCUGAUCUAUAGCCGCUCCAAGCCACGUAUGGAGUACCUGAAGGACGGCAUCUGAGAGGAAGACCGUGGAUUAGCUGGUUGGAGGCAUAUCUGAACCAGCUGGGGAUUCGACGUUGGAAGUACCAUCCUCAGGACAGAAAUGAUUGACAAUUGAUUGUUAAGAACACCCGUAGCGUCGAAAAAAGAAGAAGAAAGUGACAUAAAGACCAAGUUUUCGACGACCACUGGUUGCUGUAUCAAUUUUUGUGAUGAAUGAAUCAAAAUUAGUUAAAAAACUUACAUUUAAUGGUGGUAUUUAUCAGGGAGACGCGUCUGGGGUGGCUGGUACACAUGGAGAAGAUGCCUUCUAAUCAAUACCCGUAUCAAGCCACGUAUGGAGUAAUUGGAGGACGGCGUCUUAGAGGAAGACCGUGGAUUCACUGGUUGGAGGCAUAUCUGAUCCAGCUGGGGGUUCGACGAUGGAGGUACCAUUCUCAGAACAGAAAUGAUUGACAGUUGAUUGUUGAGAAGACCUGUAGUGUCGAAACAAGAAGAAGAAAGUGACAUAAAGACCUUUGGUUGUUGAGGAUGAUCCAGGAUGGUACAGAAUAUUUCAAAUUACAAGUUUAACUUGAGACACCGAAGAUUUUAUAACUUAUUUAAAUAAAAGAGUAUCAAAAGGUGGAAAAUCAUAAAAAUAAACGGAAAAGAAAUGAAAAUAUUUUCUUCGAAAUUUAAUUCUUUUCAUAUACCAAACUUCCUAAACAAAAGAUUCGACUAUUAUUCAAAAAAUAAAGAAUACAAAGAGACCUAAAAACUAAAUGCCUUUGUUAAAAGGCCUCAGACUGAUUUAUGUCUUCCUCGGCGGAGGAUUUAAUAGUCGAGACAAGAAAAAAAUAUAUAACGCGUCUUCUUUUAUACAUCGAAAUGUAUAAUCGGUAAAUAUCAAAAGGUUAUGAAAGAAUGUCGUAAAUAUGUAAAUUACAUACUAAUUUCGAAAUCCGGCAACAGCGUCGUCGUGAUGCAAUAUCGUAUGACGUAACUGUCGAUUUCGUAUAAUGACGCACCAAUUGACACCCCGUUGUUACUUUCGGAUCAUUUGCAAGGAAUCUAAUUUAUCAUAUCGAUAAUUCAGGAUAUAGUUGACAGCUGAUUUAUACAGAAAUCGCGGGGUGGUUUACCGACUAACGCGGAAAUUCACAAAAUCGAUUUCCCUAACAGAAAAUUCGUUUCAGCCAAACCAUCGAUCUCAAACUGUUAUUUUAUCGUAUUUUGUUAAUAAUCCCACAAUUUGGAAUCGGAUUUUUCUUCACCAGUACGAUUCCAAUCAAUUCGUUUGAGAGCUAAACGCUUGGAGAGGGAUGUGCAAUGCUCGGUGAUAAACUAGGAGCUCGUCGAAUCUGGUUUCUCUCAAAAUAACCUUCAACUGAAGACAUCCUUGACUAAAAAGACAUUUUUUUAUAGUCCGGGAACAGGAAAUAAUCUGAGGGGACUAAAUCUGACGAAUAGGGGUAGCAACUCUAGAUCAUUAAUUUUAUCAACUGGGGGAUUGUUUCGAUGACAAAACAUUUUUUGCGAUCGAUUUUGCUUUGAUUUGUUCGCAUGAUAUUCGUCGUGAGGCCAAAUACUUUUGGAACCAUCCUCGUAUAUGAUUAAUGAUGUAUGAUAUCGAUACUAACUUUAAAUUAUAUUCUGUAUUACUAAAAAUAAUAAACAGACAUAAAAAAUGAUAAAAUUUUUACUUUUUAAACGUUUUUGUUGAUAGAUUUUUGAAUCGUUUUUUUCGUAAACUUGUCAACAAUGUAUUGACAAUUUCAUCAAAUGUUUCAACACCCACACUAAAUUCUUCAUUUUCAAUGGAAAAUAUUUAGUAACUGAUGAAUUAUUCAUUCAAAUAUUUUUUUUCAAUUAAUUUCGUCCCACAACCUCAGAUAUAUUUCUAAAUUUAUAUGAUUACCCCGACUUAUAGACUAUUAAAUCCAGAAUUUAAUAUCAUUUCCAUCUAUGAUAAAAAAAUCUCAAAAAAACAACAUCACUAAUAAUAUGAAGAUUUUUCGGAUUUUGUAUGUACCUCGUAUAUCAACCAUCAUCAACUAGCUAAACACAGUGUCUCGAGAUGGCGCUUCACCACCAAAAGUCGAAUCGAGUUAAUCGACGAUCUGCAGGUGAUUUAAUCCACGUCGAAAAUUUUAAAUAAAACAUCUCGAACAUCCCUCGUAUAACAACAAGAUAUGUCUACGUCAACUAUUAAAAACGUCAGAUUUGAAAUAUUCAAAUCAGCGUUGUCAUAUUUCUAUCGAAUUAUAAAAAUUUUGUAAACUUCAAGCAAACAUUUAAUGUGAUAUAACUUUUUCCAAGAGCGAAAUUUUAAAUUAUUAAUUGUAUUGAAUAAUCUCAUUUUAUUUAAGAUUAGAUCGUAAAAUAUUUAAUUAGUGCACGCCACUGAUAUCCACAAUCUACCGCCUAUAUUACAAAGGGAAAACAACUUAAUGGCAACAAUGUGCACUGGUGCCAACUUAAUAUCCAUAUUCUAAACUUCUAAGCACGUUAUAAGUUAUGUCAUGUAUAUAUUUAUGUAAGUAAAACUCACUUGAAGAAUGUCACGAAUAUUUUUAUUAAAGAAUUCAUUUAAUUUACCAAAAGUAAAGAUUUACUUUAUAAAAAACAAUCCGUUAUAAAAAAAAUACAAAAGUCGUCUGCGAAAAACUUCAAUCGACCACGUACUAUCUCAGUGUGUGUGUGUGUGUGGAGGAAUGCGAUGUGAAGAGAUUAAGAUCUUCUUUUUCUUCGGCCGUUAUUUACAUAACAAGAAAGAUCGUGAGGUUUUAAGUAAGUUUAUAAAUGAUUUUUUUAUUAGUAAAUAGUAAUUAUUCAUAUUGAUUUGUUUGAUAUACUUCAAACAACAAAUAUAAAACGUCAUAUUUUAAUUUUUGCUCUCAAACUUAAACUACAAUACGCGUAGGAAUUUACGUCUUCUACUUUUCGAGUGUUAGACAGUUUGCUUUAAGCUGGUACUACACGAUGCGUCUAAAGCUUGUACCACACAUCACAUGUCAUCACAUUUUGUCAUAAUUUGAUAGAUAAACUAUUAUUUUUUUAUAAGAUCAUUAAAUAAAUAAUUUUUUUCUCAUGUAAAUGUAAAGAUAUUUUUAAUAGUAGUGACCCUCGUCUAACCAAUCCCCUAAUCAAAAUAAAAAUUUAAAACGACGUUAAUAGUAUUAAAGAAAGAAAAAAAAACAGAUGGUCGUUUAUAAAAAGCGAGCAGAUAGUGUUAGUACUUGAUUAGACAUCAAAAAGUUUUUUUUCGUUAUUGUGGGGGUGAAUCAUCACCACACCUUUUUUAUUCUAGGGUGACGAAUAUGAUAUUUACGUAGUGAGUAAUAAAUUUUUUACUAUACAAGGUAACCAACUAAUGUUAUGGGAAUCGUCCUAGAUAUAUUAAAGCCUUAUUACAAGGUUUAGUAUGUCGUAAACAACAACAACACGGUCACCAUUACUUUUAGAAAUUAUGUACCAAACGACAUUUUAUUGCUAUUUUAACAAAUGCGUUGUUUCUUCUUUUUUUUAUGUUGACAUAUAUUAUAAGAAAUUAGACGUCAAAUGUCAAAUUUCAUCAUAACUUUUUCCAUGUACAACGUUGGUAAAUUAUUAUUAGUGUCUUUUCAAAAGUUUCGUAAGCUUCCAAACUUCGAUUUAAGACAAUCAUUAAACUGUUUCAUACACAAAAUAAAUAUGUCGUAAUAGAGUAAAAGUAAAUGCGGUUUUUCGAGAUUAUUUACUUUGUGGCCAUUAAAAGAUUUCUAAAGUUUUAGAAACUUGGUGAACGUUACGAAAAUUUAGUGUAAGUAAAGUCCAUUCAUCAGUUAAAAGUUUCAUUCGAUCGUUUUUUAUCCACUUAUUCGAUUGUCUAACACAAACUAAGUGAGAAUCUCUUGACGCAUGCGCAAAUAUAUUUAAUAUCAACGAAACGUUGUUGCCAACUUUUAAUUAACUAUAUAAAACAGUCAUACGAAAUUACGAUUUCUUUUUAUGUUUCAAUAAAACAAAAUGUCGGGAAAUUCGAAAUUUUUCGCUUUGGGACGAUGGUAUUGUGGUGUUUCCGUUAUACGCUUUGUUUUCGUUUCGAAUAAUAACGAGGGGAAUUGUUCCAAUUUCAGAAUUAAAUGUUAAGACAUCUUGUAAAAAUUGCAAUUUGUGAGAUAGUUGAAAUUCCGUGCGAUAUUGCGAGGAUAAACGUGUAAUUUACCAUGGGAUGUAGAAAACAAUUAAUGGAGGUCAUUAUAUUUAAUAAAGAGCAAUUUUUACACCCAUCGUUUAAACCAACGCCGAUAAUGGUCACGAUUUUUCAGUAAUGGUUCAAAUUAAAUUGCAUCAAUUUUAUUACAGAUGGUCAGGAGGGGACCGGCCAAUUUUACCAUAAAAGUUAUAAAUAAAAAUUUUAAAUAUAGAUAUUACAGUGUACAUAGUUUGUCACCAUCCCAUAACAAAAAAGUUGUUUCAUAGAAACAUGUGAACAUCGCGGUGUUGCCAGAUGUAAUUUACUUCUGGUAAUAAAGGAAUUUGAUUACUUGCUCCACGAAUUUUGUUUGUCAGACUUUCCAUGUUACAUAACGUAAUUUUUUUCUAAAAAAGGGCAAUUCCCUUAGUCGAUUGGAAUUACGAUAUUGUCAGAUGUCAUUUUACACCAUUUCUAAGAAAAUUUUACUUGAAAACGAUUUAAAAACACACUUCAUUUGCAAUGUUGCCAAAGUUUUCUUUAAUUAUGAGGAAAUUAAUCGUUUCCCAAUAACAUACAAUGAUUGCGGAGUUGCCAAACUAAAUUUCAUACCAUAUAAAAAGAUACCACGAUUUAGAUACUUCAUGAAAAUUUAGUAAACUCACAGUGUUGCCAAACGCAGUUUUUAUGAGGGAAUUAAUCGUCUCCCAAGAAUAUAGAAUGAUUGCGGCUUGCCAAACUAAAUCUCAUAUCAUAUUGAACAAAUUUUACGAUUUAGUUACUCCAGGAUAAUGUAGGAAACCCACAGAGUUGCUAACGCAACUGUUUAGAUACUUUACGAAAAUGUAGGAAAGUCACAGUGUAGCCAAAAAUAGUUUUUCCUCAAUUAUGAAGAAAUUUGUCUUUUCUUACGAGCAUACUACGACUGCGGUGUUGCCAAACGCAGUUUUUCAUCAAUUAUGAAGAAAUUAUUCGUUUCCCAAGAACAUACAAUGAAUGAGAUGUUGUUUAGUUGUAUUACUGGAAUACAUAGAAAUAUUUAAAACAUUUUAUUAAUAAUUGCGCUGUUGUCAAACAUAAUUUUAUAUCAGCUGUUAAGAAACGAGAAAUUUCGUAUUUUACUUGAAUCCGGGAUAAAUUACCCACAAAUGAUGCGUAUACGUAUGAUACGUAUUUUUUCUACAAUAUUUACACAUUUGAUUAAUGUUAACAUAUAAAAAUUGCAAUAUUUAAAACUCAAUCACUAGUUUGUAAUAUAGAGAUUGCGACGUUGUCAAAUACACUAUUUGUCUUUGAUUUAGGGAAAUUUAACAUAAUAAUUAAAAAUCUUGCUGAUUAAGUUGAAAUUUUUAAAUUUAGCUAAAUUCGAUUCUGUAUUAUCGACGACGAUCAAUCAUUUAGGACAGUUUUAACCAGAUAAUUAGGAUUUAUCUUCGCCAUCGGCCCACACGUGACUUGUUGAAAAUUUCUUUUGAUUUUUCAAUUAAAUUUGAUCAAAACCGACACAGAAAUAAUUGCGAAAUGAUUGAUGAUAUCCGGAUCAUGAUCGCGAAAUUUACUUAACGAAAUGAUUAGAUGUAAUAAUUUUCGUUCAAAUUAUAACAAAAUAAAUACUUUAAUAAGUAAAAAUUAACAAUAAUCAUAAAUUAAUUGAAGACCCAUCUCGAAAUCCAGUUGAAAGGGCAUCCAUUAGUUGGACAAACAAAAAAUAAAAAAAAAAAAUAAGAAUUCAAUCGCAUAAUCAAUUCAAAAUAUUGAACUGAUCACUGGUUAUGGUAUUAUUGGUAGAAAACUUCGAAAAAUGGGUCAUCAAAAGGUCAUUCCUUACUCCAGGUUGUUUCUCGAAUAUGUUGUCUUCAUUUCGAUUCUUCCAAGUUGUUCAACGUUAGUUAGUUAGUUUUUAUGCAUCUAGUAGCUAGCAAGGUAUAAUAUUUUGAUUUAGUCUAUUUGAAGCGACUAUUUUUCUUUCUCGUUAAACUAAAAGACUAUUUAAAGCUUUGGAGUCUUAACCAAGGGGGAAAAACUACUUUCAAACUAUUCCACAAGAUACAAAAUGAUUACAACGUUGAUUUUAUAAAUAAUAUAUCAAACCAGCCACUAAAAAUCAAAAAUGGAAGAAGAUUUUAACCAGAAGAUCAUUCACCAAUAGUUCCUGACACAAUUUAGUGACAAUUCACUUAUAGAAUGGAUCGCAAGAUGUUAACAAAAGAAAAAAUUCCUUAUUUCUACGGAACUUGAUGCUUAAAAAACCAAAAUAAGAUUUUUCGUUGUUUGUUCCUAUAAUUUCAUUAAUAUUUUUGUCAGUAUUAAAACCAAAUCGUGUCACACAGUGUAAACACCUCAUCUGUUUUUUUUUGUCUAAUAUUGUCGUCAAAUUAAUUGAAUUUCCACUGGGACAAGAAAUUUUCACGAAAAUUAAAUGUUUUUAUAAUAGAAUUAUCGUUUUCGUUAUCAUCUUUAUCAGUAUAUCAAUUUUGGUAUUAAACGAAUAAUUUUAAAUAAAAACCUAAAGGAAUUAUAACAAAAAUUGAUAUAAACUAACCUAGAAUGUUAAACGUUCGCAAAAAGUACUUAGACCCUGUAUAACAAAAUACAUCUAUUUAGGAUAUAUUUCAAGUUUGAGGACCCCAAGUUGUUUAAUAUUAGUUUGGCAGCUAUAAAUUUGAUUGAGUUUGAUUAGCAGUGUUUCGACGAGACUGUUCGAUUUGCGAAGACCAGCAGCGCAGUGGUCGAUCAAACGAGGUUACUACUCCAGAAAUGUUGAGGAUAAUCCAUCGAAAUGAUCGUCAACUGAAAAUGCAUCAACUAGAAGACAUGAUAAAGCUUUUCGCGAGGUUGGUACUGCUUUUGCUCACAAGGGAACAAAAACAAACGUCGUGGAGAUCAAAUCAAUGGAUUGAAAAGAGAAAACCGCUUCUAAAGGAGUUAAAAAAUGUUGUUCCAUCAAAAUAAACCCCUAGUUAACACAACUGUAAUUACAGGGGUAAAAAUCAAUGAUCUAGAGUUUGAAUUGCCAUCCUAUACGACAGAUUUAGUCCAAUCAGAUUAUUUCUUGUUACCAGAUUUGAAAUAAUGAAUAUCGGUGGUUGAAGAUUUUGGAUAUUUUGACGAACUUGACGAUUUUUAUUAUAAAAAUUUAUUGAAAAUCGCUAGGAAAAUUGUAUGGGGUUAAAAGUAGAUUGAAAUAUUUUUUUUCAAAAUUUUUGUGUUUUCUUUGUUGGUUCAAGUACAACGGUAAUUUUCUCUUUAAGAUUUGUUUUUCGAAAAAUAUAAUUAGUUUAAAAAAUGAUUUCGAAAUAUCGAUU